AUGGGUUAUCGAAAAGUCGCUCGAAAAGGAUAUCUUGUUCAUCGCUUGGUGGCAUUGGCGUUUUGUCCAAAAGAAGAAGAAAAAGAAUACGUAAAUCAUAUUGAUAGCAACCCUACAAAUAAUAAUGCAUCCAAUCUUGAAUGGUGCACACAAAAAGAAAUUAUGCAACAUGCUGUACAUCUUGGGCUUGGGCACCGAUGUGCUGUAAAGCAGAUUUUUGGUGACGGAUCUUUCCGAGAAUUUCCAUCCAUAGCUGAAGCACGGCGUGUUACUGGAAUUAAUCAUAUUUGGAAGGUGUGUCGGGGACUUCAAGCUCAAGCUGGAGGGUAUCGUUGGGAGUAUGUUGCACAAUAA